GAGGACAAAGAGCUACAAGAUGCUCAUCUUUUUGGGCUGAUCCGACCCAACGCGGUCAAGAGGCGCCGUCCUCGAGCCGGCGGGAAUACUUCGAGGCUAGCGACGUACACUUACACGGUUCGCAGUGUUGGGAAGACCGAAACAGUCUGCCAAAGGGCAUUUGCAUCUCUUCACGGUAUCUCAAUUGGUCGUGUCCGUCGAAUUGCGAAGGCUUCUGCAACAGCAAUCUGCGCACCAAAAGACAAACGUGGACAACACCGUACUCGUCCGUUGGUUACAUCUGCUUCAACUAAGAUGCAAAUCGAGGCGCAUAUCAGAUCUUUUCCUGUGAUCAAGUCCCACUACAGUAAACAACGACGUAAGUAUCUCUCACCAUUGCUCUCAAUCGCAGAGAUGCACCGUCUUUACAUUGACAAAUAUGAGCAGGGGGCUGACAAACCAUCUGUUUCAUAUUCGUGCUACGCUAAGGUGUUCAAUACCAAGUUCAAUCUUGGAUUUGGACAGCCUCAUACAGAUACAUGCCCUACUUGUGAGAAAUUAAAGAAUGAACUUGCCUCUGCUGACGUAUGCAGGCUAGCAACGAUCAAGAAUGAGCAGAAAGAGCAUCUUCAUACAGCAGAGCAGUUCUACAAUAGCUUGCGAUUGAAUACAAGCUUGGCUAAACAAGAUACUUCAGUUCAAACGCUCACGUUCGACUUUCAACAAAAUCUGCCGCUUCCACAUCUCCCAGUGGGGGAUAUGUUCUAUAUGCAGCAGUUAUGGAUGUAUAUCUUUGGCAUCCAUAGCUGCAGCGACAAUCAAGUUAAAAUGUAUUGUUGGCCGGAAACCUUGGCGAAAAGAGGAAGUGACGAAGUUGUCUCUUGCUUACAUCAUUCCCUAUGUAUAGUCCCUGAAGGUGUUACCACCCUUUUUCUAUUUUCUGACGGAUGCCCCGGUCAGAACAAGAACAGUAAUGUCAUGCACUAUCUUUACACAUUAGUGCAUACAGGGAAGUUUUCUAAAAUCACACAUGUAUUCCCUGUCAGAGGGCACAGUUUCCUUCCAAAUGACCGUGACUUCGGUAGAACAGAAAUGAAGAAAAGAAAGCAGGAACGGAUAUAUACAUGUGAGCAGUGGAUGGAGGUUAUUAGAAAAGCACGGAUACGAAAGCCGUUCGAAGUGGUGGCAUGCAACAACACAAUGUUUCUUGACUGGUCUGCCCAUUUCUCUCAAUUUUUUAAGAAGGUUGUUAAGGACAACACUAAAAGGCCACUACACAUCUCGCGGGCACGAGUCAUCGAGUAUUCCAAUGCACAUCCUACUGAAGUAUGGAUUAGGUAUGUGCCAGAAGGAGAAUGGUACAAAUUCUCGAUCGUGAAACGCAAUGCAACACCACACCUCCCAGAACCAGCUAAUGCUAAAAAAUACACAGCAGCAGUUCCACUGAAAGAUAAGAAAAUUAAAGAUCUACGG